UUCAACUAUCGUCAUUGACAUAUCGCCCGAGUUUUUCCAGUAAAUUUUAGUUCUUUUCCAAAUUUUUCCAUUCACAAUGGCGGACGUCGCCGAAGAUCUAAAUUAUGACUGCAACUACAAUAUGUUCCUUACAAAGACAAUGAUGGGAAACCUGACCGCAGUAAACGAUCGAGAAAAAGUAGUUCGAUGGAUGAGAAAGUUGGCGACAUGCAAUCGCACCUUGGCCGAAAUGAGAUUAAGAAACGAUUUUAUGUAUUAUCUGGUUUUGAACGUGCAAAAUGGAGAACUACGCCCGCCGUUCACUGAAAAUCCGCCGCAAGGACCGUUACCGGCAUUGGCGCACCUUUUGCCGGGUGGAGCUGAAGCUGCCGGUGAUGAAGGUGCAUGGAUUGAUUCGGCAUUUGGAAAGCAGAAACCAAUGUUAUAUCAGCAUUCGCCAGACGGGGGAGCCUUUCUGGCCGCCCAGCCUAUACCACGUUGCGGAGCGUUCUGUUAUUUGGCCGUUGUUAGCAGAGCAAAACCUUAGAUGAUUUUAAAUUUUUAUUACACGCAAUAUUUUUAAUGACA